AUGUCUUGUUUCUUAACUUGCGUCCGCUUCGACGACUCGACCACUACCACCGACAACAAACCCACGAUUACAGGAUCCGUCUCUGUCUCCGGCGUAACCUGUUAUACCUGGGACGAUGUUGAGUCUCUCACCUCCAAUUUCUCUAGACUCAUCGGCUCCGGCGGCUACAGCAGCAUCUACUUAGCUCGCUUGUCUGGCUCGAACAAAGCCGCUCUCAAGGUUCAUGCCGGAAGCCACCGUCUUUAUCAGGUGUUUAGGUCUGAGCUCGAAAUCUUGCUUCGUCUUCAACAUCCUCACAUUGUGAAGCUUCUCGGUUACUUCGACGAUUCAGAAGAAAGUGGUGCACUUUUAUUAGAAUACCUUCCUCAAGGUAACCUCCAAGAGAAGCUAAACCGCAACAGCAAACAAGUUUUGCCAUGGAGAAACCGAACCGCAAUAGCGUUUCAGGUUGCGCAAGCGAUUGAACACAUUCAUGAGAAAUGUAUCCCACAGAUUGUUCACGGGGACAUCAAAUCCUCAAACAUCCUCCUUGACAAGCAUUUCAACAGCAAGCUCUGCGAUUUCGGAUCAGCCAAAGUCGGUUUCUCAUCAAUGGUUCAGCCUUCUGCAACGGUUUCUUCGCCACGGUCCAAGCAAGUGAGGAUGAUCGGUUCUCCAGGGUACACUGAUCCUCACUACUUGAGAACCGGGAUGGCUUCGAAGAAGAUGGAUAUGUUCGGUUUUGGAGUGGUGGUUCUUGAGUUGGUUUCGGGUAAAGAAGCGGUUAGCUCCGAGAGAGGUGAGAUGCUUGUGCACACAGCAGCUCCCUUGAUCAAUGAGGUUCUUGAUUCGAAUGGGGAUAUUGCAGAAGAGAAAGUGAGACAGUUCUUGGAUCCUAGGUUGUUGUCUAGGGACAGUAGUCUUGAUCUUGACGAGGUUAAGACAAUGCUCGGCGUGGCUGCUUUCUGUCUUCGUAGCUCGCCGUCUCUGAGACCAUCGGCUUCUCAAGUGGUACGGACUCUUGUCAAGAAGAUCCCGUCUGUGUCUUUCUCCUCGAGUUUGGAAAAGAAGAGUGAGAGAUAA